AUGCCCGUAGAGAUAGUAACUCCUGGUCAACGCCUCGGACACGCACAGGACUAUGCUGCGGGUCCAGGUACUUAUGUUAGAGGAGACUUCUUAUACGCCAGUGUUGUUGGCGUUAAAAGAGUCUUGGUCGAAACUGACAAAAAGACCCGAUAUUUGACAGUGUCAAAGGAAAAGGUGCAAUCAGCUGUUCCUACCGUCGGAAACAUAGUAAGAGGCUUUGAUUUAAAAUGUAUGUUUAUAGACCCUCAGCAUAUCAACGUAAUCAACAUUCCAGGUCUACUGUUUUAUCAGAUAACCGGUAAAGUUAUACGAAUAAACCAACGCGAGGCUGUCGUCUCCAUAAUGGUUAUCGGCAAUGCUCCUUGCGGGGAAGAUUUUCAGGGGAUAAUACGCAAACAGGAUGUUAGACAAUUUGAUAGAGAUAAAGUCAAGAUAAGCGAUUCAUUCCGACCAGGAGAUAUCGUUAGGGCAAAAGUUAUCUCAUUGGGAGAUGCACGAUCUUACUACUUGUCAACUGCAGACAAUGACUUUGGUGGAUGUGCCAUGUACCCUAUUUCAUGGGAAGAAAUGCAAUGUCCCAAGAUGAAAGAAAUAGAACGACGCAAAUGUGCUAAACCCUAA